AUGGGAUUAAUGCCCAAGAAGAACUGCUUCCUUGCAUUUUUUGUGCUGCAGCAAUAUCUUUUCCGCGCUCAAAGUGUCCCUGUGGUCUCUCUGGUGGUCCCUGUGGUUCCUCUGGUGGUCCCUGUGGUCUCUCUGGUGGUCCCUGUGGUCUCUGUGGUCUCUCUGGUGGUCCCUGUGGUCUCUCUGGUGGUCCCUGUGGUCUCUGUGGUCCCUGUGGUCUCUUUGGUGGUCUCUGUGGUCUCUCUGGUGGUCCCUGUGGUCUCUCUGGUGGUCCCUGUGGUCUCUCUGGUGGUCCCUGUGCUCUCUGUGGUCCCUGUGGUCUCUCUGGUGGUCCCUGUGCUCUCUGUGGUCCCUGUGGUCUCUGUGGUCUUUCUGGUGGUUCCUGUGGUUCCUCUGGUGGUCCCUGUGGUCUCUCUGGUGGUCCCUGUGCUCUCUGUGGUCCCUGUGGUCUCUCUGGUGGUCCCUGUGGUCUCUCUGGUGGUCUAUGUGGUCUCUGUGGUCUCUCUGAUGGUCCCCGUGGUUCCUCUGGUGGUCCCUGUGGUCUCUCUGGUGGUCCCUGUGGUCUCUCUGGUGGUCCCUGUGGUCCCUGUGGUCCCUGUGGUCUCUCUGGUGGUCCCUGUGCUCUCUGUGGUCCCUGUGGUCUCCGGUGACGGACGAUCCACGUUGUAA